AAUUUCCGUGUUUUGAUAACGAUUUUGUGGGAUUGGUCACUAUUUUUUCCUCGUCAAUUCCCAUUUUCAAGUGCAAGAAGUGUGAAGUUUUGUUUGUGAAAAGUGAAAAAGAAAAAAUUUGAAAAAAAAUCCUCAAAAAUUGAGAUCUUGAUGAUGGAGAAUGACGGAUCUGGGAGUCCGUACGCAAGACGAUACCCAAAUGCGGAUAAAUUCACCUUCGACGUCCGACAGAAGGAAGCAGCAGAAGCGGUGCUGGAUGAAGAGCAACGAUUUACGUUGCGCAAAUCUUUCCAAUCAGCCCCGAAUAGCCCUUAUGCGAAACGCCGGGAGCCGCAGGUGGAUGUGGGAAUUGAGAUGAAGGAAGUUCAUCGGGAAGAUGCGAUUGAAGUUGCGCCGGAAGAUGAAAGCUCGGAGGAGGAUGGUGUGAUUCAGCUUGAGGGGGAGGCACACAAUCUCCCGGUUGAGCUGGUACGGAAGCCAAGUAUGCAGAGUUUGCGUCAGAGGAGGGAUCCACUGUUCCAGGGGACGAGGACAAAGCGCACCAGGAGGGUGAUUCACAGGAAUGGCAAGAGGAAUGUCACCCUCAUGCACAUCCCACAGAGAUCAGCGAGAUUUUUCAAAGAUUUUGUAACGACGCUGAUUGAGGAGCAGUGGAGGUAUACGCUGGCUCUCUUUGCCUUCACCUUCUUCUCAUGUUGGAUCCUCUUUGCUCUGCUUUGGUAUUUAAUUGCCUACGCGCAUGGGGAUCUGAAGAGGGAUCCCGAAACAGGAGAACGUCUCAGUGAUGGUGGUCGCCCGUGUAUUGAGGAAGCCACAGGGAUGGCGUCAUUCCUCCUCUUUAGCAUUGAGACGCAAGUUGGGAUUGGUUUUGGGGUUCGUUUCCCUACUGAAGAGUGUCCGGAAGCUCUCUUCCUCAUGGUGGUCCAGCUGAUCCUCAGUGUGGCCAUUGAGGGUGCCAUGGUGGGGAUUGUCUAUGCCAAAAUGGUCCGUCCAACAAAAUCCAGCAGUGGGCAGCUAAAAUUCAGCCGGAAGGCCGUUGUGUGCUGCCAGGAUGGGAGAUUGUGUCUCAUGUUUCGGAUUUGCGACACGCAGGAGAAUCAUGUGAUUGGCACAACGGUCAAGGCGUUCUGGAUGGAAGCACGGAAGACCCGCGAAGGGGAGAGAAUCAAUCAAUUCCAACACACGCUGACAAUUGAGGAUUCCGGACAUAUCUUCCUCCUGUGGCCAUCAACAGUGGUGCACGUGAUUGACGAACGGAGCCCGCUUUACGAUGUCUCCGCGAGGGAUCUUCUCAGCAAAAACUUCGAGAUUGUCGUCACAAUGACAGGCGGCUGCCGGUCAACGGGUCAACUCACGCAGACACGCACCUCGUACCUGCCCAGAGACAUCCUCUGGGGUCACAAAUUCCUCAAUCUCCUCACCUACAGCCACGAGAGGCAGGCCUAUGUGGCGGAUUAUGAGAAAUUCGACGCUCUCACGCAAAUCGACACACCCCUGUGCAGUGCACGACGCCUCGAGGAGAUUUUCACCGAAGUAACGACCAUCAUGCAGCACGACAUGUACAGCAGUCACAGCCACUUCCGGCGCAUCAGCGAGGGCUCCUGGGAGGGAUCAGCAGACGAACCCAUUGUCUUCACAGCUGAACGCCACAACUCCCAUCCAGAGCUCAAGAGCAUCUGAGCUGUAAAAAAAAAUCAUUUUAAUUGCUCCAGACUAAUUACCUCAUUUCCCAAUUUACUCAAUUCCUCACUCACUCAGCCACUCGCGGAUAAUUUACAACCAGCCCGAGAUUAGCGCACCAGGGACUAACUCAACGCAAAAUUCAAUUUAUAUUUGCAGACGCUCGCUGGCUGAGGAGAUGCCUUAUCAAGCAUUAAAACAUUUUAAUGAUUUUAAUUAUUUUAUUACGCAUUGUUUGCAUAAAUUAAGAUAAAUUAACGCAGCUCUUUAACAAAUCAUCUCGCGUGAUUUAUUGUUUUGCCUUUCGGUGCUUUUCUCACAUAUUUAUCGACAUUGCGAGAGGCGCAGGUAGGUGUGGGAUGAAUGGGGAUCUCUAACAAGUUAAUGCUACACUGUAAAAUGAGCUUGUUCUUAUGGGAUGGAAAAUUUUUACAGAAAUCUUAGGAUG